AUGUCAUGGCAAGCUUGCUGUUUUCUGACGAAGAAUUAUGCCAGCAUGCAAAGGGCAACCUGCUCAAGCAGCCCCGGUGACGUUCGACGGUCCGUGACCACUGCAUUGCACUUUUAUCAGAAUCGCCAGUUGGACCUCUAUGCGUCCAAGCAAGCUCACAGGCUGAGCCUACGGCAACUUGUGUUCUUCGGGCGACACAUGAAUGAAGAGCGGUUAAUCAAAAGCGCCAAUUAUGUUCGUACAGAGCUGCCCGUACGAAUUGCACACAGAAUACGGGACCUUCAAGCCCUUCCAUAUGUUAUAGUCACUCAACCAGACGUAGCCAAGGUCUACGAGCUGUACUGGUCUGCUUUCGAAAAAUUCAGACGUUUCCCUCCAAUCACUAAUUUAUCCGACAAUUCCAAGUUUUGUGAUUUCCUGGAGACCCUACUGGACGAGCAUGCGCCUGUGAUACCAAGUCUGUCUCUUGGAUUGUCUCUUUGUUCGCCUCUUCUUCCUCCCGAGUCCCUUGAUUCCUUUAUGAAUCGGAUGCUGAUUUCGCGUAUAUCAAGACGCGUUCUCGCCGAACACCAUUUGGCGCUUAGCACGUCUUUGGGUCGCGACUCUCUGAAUUCGGAGGAUCCACAUGUGGGGAUUAUUUCUACUGCCCUCGACGUGAAACGCAGCAUUGUCAAGUGUGCAUACCUUCUGAGAAGUCGUCCUCAUGGUAUCGAAAACGAUAAUGGGAAGGUGAUCCCUAAUAGAGGUUGGCCUGAGGUGGUAGUCGAGGGCCAACUCGAUACAAAGUUCGCUUAUAUACGUGAGCACUUGGAAUAUAUCCUCUUCGAACUUCUCAAAAAUGCCAUGCGAGCCACUGGGCUCAAACAUUGGCACGAUACAACCCUACCACCCAUCUACGUCACCGUCGUGGCUGGGAAGGAUGAUGUCGGUAUUCGACUAUCGGAUCAAGGUGGCGGGCUGAAUUCGAAUAGUAUCCAAUCACCUUCUGAUCUAUUCUCAUUUUCCCAUACCCGCAAUGCAACGAGGAUUGAUAAGCGUCGAAUUAGAGCCCUAAGAAGAGCAAGCUCCAAAGGCGUGAAGGCCACGGUCGCCGAGCAGGUUGUGGAGGAGGAUGGUCACAAUGCUAAAGACCCUGAAAGAGGAGCUGGCAUUGCACCACACCAACGGAUGGGUCUGGGACUGCCUAUGAGCAACAUAUUUGCAACAUAUUUCGGCGGCUCUCUCCAACUGGUUUCAUUGGAUGGAUGGGGUGAGCGGCGGUCUCUUCUAUCCAGAACACGACCGACAUGGUCUUUCAUAGGCACCGAUGCGUACUUGCAGCUACCGAAGCUGGGAACGAAUUUGGAGGGCAUCGAGGUUUAAACGGGUUUUGUCGGACUGGUUCGGAAGCGACCUCCCGACAUACAGUGCCCGAUGCUAACAAGGGCACCUGGCCUUUGGCCACGUAUCCCGAGUCAUGUCCUAUGACUGGUACCUUUUCUUUAUGGAGUAUUAUGAAUUUAAUUCCACGCGGGACGAAUGAUACUCGGGCAUAGAUCAUUUCCCGUAUGAAUGAAAACUGAGAGUAUCUCUG